CUGUGUUUUUGACUUAGACCACCCUCCCCACACGCUCACAAGUAAAAACUGCAAUAACAAUAAUAAAAGCAUCUCCCCCCUCCCUCAUUUCCCAAUCUUCCUCCUCACUCUCCUUUUACAUCAUCUUAUCAUUCAUAUUCAUAUAUAUAUAUAUAUAUAUCCUCCUCUCUCUCUCUCUCUCUCACUCUCUCACAAUAUCGAACUUUCAAAGCUGAGCCCAGUUGCUAACCGGCGCACCUCCACCUCAGGCGAUGGGCGUACUGCGCCACCGCCACCGCCGCCACCACCACCAUUACAUCAGGCUAUCAACUCUCAUCACAGCCUUCACUUUCCUCUUGUUCACCUCAGCCUCCUCAGCCAUAACCAGUCAAACCCGACUCGGUGGUGGGCAUCAUUCUCAUCAGCAGCAGCAGCAGAGAGAGGAAUAUCAAAUUGGGUCGUCGGCAUUGGAGCGAGUCGAGACUCAGAAGAGCCGGCUGGGUUCAUCGCCACCGAGUUGCAGAUCCAAGUGUGGAAGGUGCUCGCCUUGUAAGGCGGUCCACGUGCCCAUUCAACCAGGUGUCUCUAUACCUCUCGAGUACUAUCCUGAAGCUUGGCGCUGCAAGUGUGGCAACAAACUCUUCAUGCCUUAAAAAUUUAAUUAUAAUUAGAAACUAAAACUACUUGAUUUAUUAAUUACACUUAAGUAAGUAGUACAGUCAAAUAUUUAAACAGUGCACCUGAUCUGAUCUUUAGCUUCUCAAUCCAAAAAUCUGUCACUAAUUAAAUUAUUAUUAUUGUCAAUUAUUUCCCACUAUUUGUUAUCAUUAUAUUCUUGUUCAUCAUGGCAUGGGGGGACAAGUGAGAAGGUGUUGGAAAUGUAACUCUCUCUCUCUCUCUCUCUCUCGCUCUCUCUCUCUUGUUUUUGAUGAUGCAUGGUAGAUUGUAUAUAUUUUUUUGUUUUUGAAUUGAACUUUGCAUUAAUGCAAAGAGUUUAAUUAUUAUGGGACAGAUUGGAAGUGGAGGGCAUGAAAUUAAAGACCAAGCUUCUUCUUCUUUUUCUUCUCUCUCUAGCCUCUAAGCUUGUAUGUAAGGGAGAAAGCGAUGCUUCAGUUCAUGGAGGAAAUACAGCUGGGUUUUUUUUGAGUGUUUGGUUUUGUUUUUGUGUCUGUAGACUCUGUAGAUUAACUACUAUUAUGUGCUAUUUAAGUACAUGGGCUUUGAUCCUUAAUGUUUCUUACUAUGGGCUGAUGUGUAAUGAAUGAGAUUGCAUUCUCUCU